AUGAAGGGCAUUGCAGAUCUCAUUGAUUCCGACAUGGAGGAGGCGGUGCCUUUUAUCGACGAAAAUUCGAUUCUGUCCUCCGCCUCCGACGCGACCAAUGCCACUACCACGAAAACUGCGCCGGCAAAGCGAGGCAAAAAAAGACAACGCGUCACGAUGCCCCCAAGAGCCAAGUCGAAGGCACAGAAGAAUGCCACAGCCGAAGUGAAAAAGGUCACUUCAAGACAGAUCGCUGGUGUGAAGCGCAAGGCGGUCGCAGAUGAUGCAAACGAGCAAGAUUCCGACGUCAACCUCGACGACACGUCGAGAGACUCCGAACCAGACAAGCAACCAAUCGCGCCAAAAACUAAAAGAGGAAAGCGCACGAAUACCAGGACAAAAGCAGCACCUGAGGCCGCAGAAACGGUUGACAAUGAAGAUCAGACAAUGGAGGCGUCGCCUCAGGCAGUGCGCUCGAAGUAUGCGGCAGCCCGAACCAAGAAAGAAGCCCCAAAAGUCUUUGCCAAAGCGAAUGCUCCCACAAAGUCGAAAGUGACUUCACUACCUCAAUCUCCUGUCCUGGAGCGGCAGCACGAAGAAAUCGAGGCGGCAAGUGAAGAAUUGGAAGUUGUUGCAGCCCCAAAAGGCAGAGCAAUUGCGAGAGAUGCCUCCAGAACGAGACAGGAACCGCCCUAUCGACGACGAGCUGGGAGCGCGUCUGACACUGAAAGAAGCGACCCUAACCUUAGGCGCAAAUUGGGAGAUAUCACCCGCAAGUUUGAGAAUGUGGAUUUGAAAUACCGUAAUCUCAGAGAAGUGGGCAUCAACGAGGCAAAUGCGAAUAUGGAGAAGCUACAAAGGCAAUGUGAUGCUACCAUGCAGGCGUCAAAUGACUUGAUAGCGUCACUCAAAAACGAGCUGGCUACGCAAGUGCCUCUGGCACACGAGGCGCGCAAGCUUCGCAGACAGAUGCAGAACCAGGAAGCAGAGAUGGAAAGGAUGCGCGACACGGCCUUGCAACUCUCAGCCUCUCUGGCUGAUGCUCAAAACGAAAUCAAAGGACUGCAAGCCAAGUUGGUAGCAGCACGAGCAUCCUCUGUUGACAACCCCAAGCCUCCUAGCAGCGCGAUGAAAAGCACUGUGCAACGCCACCUCACGGGAGAAGCUGCCCAGGCUGCGCAAGUCGCACAAAUGAAGGAGGAACUGUACAGCGACUUGACCGGACUCGUUAUUCUGAACGUGAAAAAGACGGCAGAAGGCGAUCUAUUCAACUGUAUCCAGACUGGUCGAAACGGGACGUUACAUUUCAGCUUGUUCAUCGAUCAGGAAAUCGCAAAAGGUGCCAGUUUCGAGGAAACCGAGUACCUAUACACGCCUCUGCUGGAUCGCGACCGUGACCACGAGAUGAUGAAACUGAUGCCUAGCUAUCUGACCGAGGACAUCACUUUCGCCAGACACAACGCCGCCAAGUUCUAUGGCAGAGUCGUGGAUACCAUCACCAAGAAAAGGGGUGACGAAUGA